UCCCUUUGUGAUCUCGGGCUGGCGGCGGGAUAGUUGUUCCGUUAGCUGACGAGCAGAUUAGAUCCGUUUCGAGGCGGCAGAGCUGCAGGUGAACCCGCACACACACAGAUCACACACAUUUAGGCUGCAGCUGUGUGACCUUUGAUAGUUUCCAUGGAAACCAGAGCAUUCCUCAGAGAAGAGCUGCAGCUGUUUCCAGCAAACAUGGACCAUGUUAUCAGCAAUACGUGGAUGGGAGUAAAACCAGAGGAGACAGCAGGACCUGAACAUCUACGUGUGAGUCCAGGACAACAGAGUCCAGCAGUCAGAGUGGAGACCUGCUGGAUCUCAGAGACCAGGACCAGGAGCCCGUUUCAGAAAGCAGCUUUAACAAACUCUGAGAUGGAAAAGUUUUCAGUUCCAGAACAGCUGAUCAGAGUUUGUUCAAUCAAAUGUGAGGAUGAAAACAGCCUUCAUCACUGGAGCUCCGAUACUACGAUUCACCAUGGCAACAGAGACCAGGACCAAGGCCAGGAGCACUACAAGAGCGAAACGGAGGAGGACCAGCAGAACCCGGACCUGCGGAGCAACAAGGUCCCCAGAAAACCAGCAGCAGGCUCGUCCUCUGAUCCCACCGAUGUUCAGGCGUUGAAGGAGUGUUACAUCCCGCUGACACGUGUCAGGAUCAGCAGUGCGAUGUUGGCUGCGUUGGACGCCGUUGGACGCUCAGCAGCUGUUCCAAAAGGCCAAAAGAAACAGAGAGGAAGAAAGAGACUGAUUCAUCAGAGAGUUCACACUGGAGAGAAACCCUACAGCUGUGAUGAAUGUGGAGCAGCUUUCACUAGAUCUGGUCACCUGUAAACACA